AUGGAUGGAACCGAACGCGGCGGCGAAGUCGACAGAGCAAACGGCCGUCGGUUGCUAGUAGCUAUGGCGGAAUUCCUGAAUGUGCCUCAGCGUAAAUACCUAGUCUGCACAUGCAAGUCCAGCGCUGAAUCCGGCUUGGGUGGGCCGCGUCCUAGAGUCACGCACAGAGUGGAACCGUCUGAGAAGCACAAUAGCGAAGAUCUUUGCAGCAACGGCGGGAACAGGUACAAGGAUGCCUGUGCUCCAGUCAACGGGAGCUGUGUUUUCGUCAUCAGUGGUGCAUAG